UCAGCCACUGUGUCAGGAGCUCAGAAGUGGGCCCUGGUGGAACAAGGUUCUUGACAGGUUUUCAUUUAAAACACAGCUAUGCGCACUUUGUAACUCAAGGGGCCGCUCGGGCGCCUGAGCUCGGCGCUCUGGGGCGGGGAGCCGUGCGCUGCGCUCCCUGAGCCAUGGGCCUUAACGCCCCGAAUCUUGGGUCAGCUGAGAUUCCAGCCAGCUGCAGACUGGCUGUCCGGGGUGCACUCCGCCAGGAGGGUGGGGAGACUUCAGCCAGGGGCAGUUCCUCGAGGGAGGAGGGCUCCAGCCGGGCCCCGGGGACUGGCGAGCGCUCCAUGUCACCUCACCUCCUGUGUCUUCCAGGUGUCCAGAUACGCCGGCGGGUGGUCGGUUGCUUGAAAGGUGAAUCGGAGGAGCCCGGCAGCCCUCCACCUGCACGCAGCCAGCCUGAUGACGCAUUGCUACCACUGGACCCUGAGCGGGGCCCAUCAGCCGCUGGUGUGGAAACAGAGCGGGAGUUGGAGGAAGAAAGUUUGGCUUUGGCCCCCAGGGCCGGGACCUGCCCAGGGCUGUCUGAGGACCCCGAGGAAAGCAUCGAAUUGUGGGUGCCAGCAAUUCGUGUCCCUGGCGCCCAUGGGCCCAAGGGCCUGGCGGAACAGCACCGCUCCCGCAGUAGUCUGGAGCAGGAAUAUGAACAAACGUAUUUUUUGAAGGACAUGUCCUGUAACACCACCAGUCAGACCUAUUAUAUCUUCGGACAGGAGGUUACACCAAGUAAAUGGAACAUGUUUAUGACGCUUAUCGGACUCGAAGGAAACGAGAUCGAGAGGUGCCGUUACGAAAAUCAAGGAAAUUUGAUUGAAGUGCAUCAUAAGAUGCUCAUCACGUGGAGAAGCAAGUUAGGCAGGGAAGCUUCUAUUUUUAAACUCAUGGCUGCCCUCCAUCAAAUGCGGUUACGUACAUGUUUGGAAAAUAUUAUAAACAAAUUGAUUGCUGAAAAUAUUUUAGCUAAGCAUGCAGAGACCCCAAAUUAGAGUCCACUCCUUUGGUACAGGCGCAUGCCUUUAAGCAGUGUCGUGAAUGGGUAGGAGCUGAGCUUCCCACCCAGUGCUGGCCCCGGCAGAAACUUCCUGAAUCCUCGCUGGGGCUGUGCACGUCGUCUCAAUAGAGUCUACAUAACACUUCCCGUGGGGAGGUCAGUUCCGCAUACACCCAAGAGUGCCGCUCUGCCAGGGCAGGGGAGUCCAGGCGGGCUGCCUCUGGCCAGCGUGGCAGAGGUGGGCAGGUCCUCAGUGGACUUCAAGGAGCUGUGAGCUUGUCUCCUGGAAACCACUUAUUGUGCUGGGUAGGUUCGCCUUCCCUGGAACCUCUUCCCAGGCACCGAGGCCGGGAGAGUUUGGUGAUUGUCUUUCUGCAGCCACCGACUCCUUGAUCUCAGUCACUGGGAUGUCCCCAUGACCUCGACUAGGUGCCCCAUAGGCACCUCGGUGACUGCUCUGAGCUGUCAUUCAGCACUCGUCUAUACCUGGCACGGGGAUCAGACCAUCGCUCGGGGCUUCCGCCUGAUGAGAAGACUGGACUGACACUAGAUCCCACCUUUCUAAGGCAGGUCGGGGCAUGGUGACAGACACAGAGAACUUUUUUAACUGUUGUAACUUUGAUGUAAUUGUAUUGUAAACAUUGAUGCGAAAUUUGUUUUACCAAAAGAUUGUACACGUUCAGCAUCCACUUCUAAUUUGUCUUUACUAAUA